AUAAUAAUAAUCUGCGUUCAAUUCAACAUGGGUGGAUAAAUUUGUUACUCAGCAAUCUCAAUGCGCAAUUCCGCAUCGUCUCAAUACGGGAGUGACUGUGAUUAAGAUUCAGCCCGCCUAGUUGUUUGCUUAAAUUCCAAUUCGUAUUCAUCUUCUUCAUCUUCUUCGUCGCUUCCAACAUUAGAUAAACCUUCUCCAUCCAUUCCGAAACCCUAACACACGCACACACAUGGCCGCUCCUACCAGGGACCAAGUCCUCUCUCUCCUCGCCGCGGCCAACAACCACGGUGACCUCGCCGUUAAAACCUCAUCGUUAAAACAAGCCAAAGACCUUCUUCUCUCCAUCGACCCCUCCCUCGCUGCCGACCUCUUCCCUUACUUGCUCGAGCUUCAGUCUUCUCCCGAAAGCCUCGUUCGCAAAUUGCUCAUUCAGAUAAUUGAGGAGAUUGGUUUUAAAGCAGCUGAGCAAUCUCCUACGCUGAUAUCUGUACUAUUAACGUUUUUACGGGACAACGAUGAAAUUGUUGUAAAACAGUCUAUUGUUAGUGGCACAAAUAUCUUCUGUAGUAUUUUUGAGGAGUUGAUUGUGCAGUUUCAACAAUAUGGUAAAGUUGAGAGGUGGCUAGAAGAUAUUUGGGUGUGGAUGCUUAAGUUCAAGGAUGCCGUUUUUGGGAUUGCUCUGGAGCCUGGUUCUGUUGGAAUAAAGUUGCUGGCACUGAAAUUCUUGGAAAUGUUUGUAUUACUCUUUUCAUCUGACUUCAAUGAUGCUGAGAAAUUAGCCGCAAAAGGAAUUAGGCAAGCUGUUAAUGUCUCAUGGUUGGUUGGUCACCCUCACCCUGUUCUUGAUCCAGUGGUGCUCAUGUCAGAUGCAAAUAGGACUAUUGGCAUUCUAUUAAAUUUAUUGCAGUCUGUUGGCAGUCUUCCUGGUUGCUUGACUAUUGCAGUUGUAAAUUGUUUAGCAGCCAUCACAAGGAAAAGGCCACAACACUAUGAAACUAUUCUUUCAGCAUUGCUUGAUUUUGAUCCAAAUUUUCAAACAGUGAAAGGAUGUCAUGUUACUAGUAUUCAGUACUCCUUAAGAACAGCUUUUUUGGGAUUUCUUAGGUGCACUUAUUCACCAAUACUGGAGUCUAGAGAAAGACUAAUAAGGAGCCUACGAGCUAUGAAUGCGGGGGAUGCUGCUGAUCAGGUCAUUCGGCAAGUCGACAAAAUGAUUAAAAAUGGUGAUCGUUCUACCCGCGAUGCACGGGUUAGCAAGGAUGAUCAACCAUCAGCUCAGUCACCUGUUUCAGGGGAAUUAUCUAGAAAAAGACCUGUUCCUCUAGAUAAUGAACAAUUGGCCAAUGGUCAUGAUACCAUCUCUAAGCGGAUUCGUUCUGGUUCUGGUUCUGACUCUCACUCUACUUUACCAACUCAAAUAAAUGAUUCUGGGCAGGAUGUUAACUCUGUUAAUGGAGUAUCAGCUAAUGUUCCUGUGCUGGAUAGCGAACUAACUGCUGUGGAGCAAAUGAUUGCUGUGAUUGGUGCUUUACUUGCUGAAGGAGAGAGAGGUGCUGAAUCUCUUGAAAUUCUCAUUUCAAAGAUUCAUCCUGAUCUGUUGGCUGAUAUUGUCAUAACUAAUAUGAAGCACUUGCCUAAUACUCCCCCACCACUAGCGAGGAUUGGGAAUUUACCAGUAACACGACAAUUAAGCUCCCAAGUCAGUCAAUCACAGGUUAUAGCAGCUUCUGUUCCAAUAAAUUCUGUCCAGUCCUUGUCUGGUACUGCCCAAGCUUCAUUCCCUUCAACUUCAACCACUGUCACUGCUACUGCUACCACUUCAUUGCCAUCUGACACCUCCAGCUUCAGUAACCAGCCUGCUGAUUCUAAACGUGAUCCACGACGGGAUCCCCGGCGCCUGGAUCCACGACGUGUAGUGGUAACUCCUGGAGAAGCAACUGCAUCAAUUGCAGAUGAUACUGGGGCCACAAAAUUAGUGUUUGAUGAACCUGUGUCUUCCAUUAAGCCUGUUUCACUUCCUGUUGGGACUGCUGAUGACAAUACUCCAUCAGAUCUGACGGUCAAAAUAAUAAAUGAUGAUAUUGUCUCUGAAGGUUCCCCAGUUUCAGGACCUGAUCGGCUAACUCCAAAAACAGAGGAUCUGGAAAGGCUUGGAGAUAUUCAUCAGAUUACAGAAGCAGAUACUUCCUUGGAUCUCCCACUUUCUUCUACUUAUUUAAGAGAUGAGGAUCCAAGUACAGUGAAGUUGCCAGAUGAUACUGAAACAAUUGGGACAGAUUCAUCAAUUUUCGAGUUUGAUCAGUUUUCUCUUGAUGUUCAAGUUGAAUCUACAUUGGAAGACACCUGUCUGGAGUUACCACAACUUCCACCUUAUAUUGAACUAUCUAAAGAACAGGAAAGUAAGGUGAAAAACAUGGCUGUUAUGCGUAUAAUUGAUUCAUACAAACAUUUGCAUGGGACCGAUUGUCAGCAGUUUUCCAUGCCACUACUUGCUCGACUAGUUGCACAGAUUGAUGACAACGAUGAGUUUAUUAUGAUGCUGCAAAAACACAUCCUGGAAGACCACUGGCGAAAGGGGCAUGAACUUGUACUGCAUGUUUUGUAUCAUCUGCACUCCCUCAUGAUAGUGGAUUCAGUGGGAAAUGCUUCAUCUUCUGCUGUUUUAUAUGAAAAAUUUCUCCUGGGAGUGGCCAAAACUUUGUUGGAUUCUUUUCCAGCUUCAGACAAGUCUUUUAGUAGACUUCUUGGUGAAGUCCCACUUUUGCCAGAGUCAUCCUUGAAGAUUUUGAACGAUCUCUGCUAUUCUGAUGUUAUUGGUCAUGAUGGAAAAAUUAUCCGUGACAUUGAACGUGUGACUCAAGGCCUAGGUGCUAUCUGGAGUUUAAUUUUGGGGCGUCCGCAAAAUCGUCAAGCCUGCUUAGGAAUAGCAUUGAAGUGUGCUGUUCACCCACAGGAUGAUAUUCGAGCAAAAGCUAUUCGGCUGGUGACAAACAAGCUCUUUCAGCUUAAUUACAUAUCAGGAGAUGUUGAAAAAUUUGCAACAAAAAUGCUGCUUUCUGCGGUAGAGCAUGAAGUUUCAGAUACAGGUCUUUUGCAAUCUGGACAUACUGAACAAAGAGCCGAGGCAGAGAUUGAAAGUCAUGAAAUAAGUACUUCACAGGUAGAAUCCACAAUUUCUGAAAUUGACUCUGCUAUAGUUGCUAAACCAUCAAUUCAAAGCGUUCCAUCUAUAUCAUUUUCUGAAGCUCAACGCCUCAUUUCUUUGUUUUUUGCUUUAUGUACAAAGAAAUCCGGUCUUCUUCAGAUUGUAUUUAGCGUGUAUGGGCAAGCCCCGAAAACUGUAAAACAGGCUUUUCAUCGCCACAUUCCUAUUGUUGUGAGGGCGUUAGGGCAAUCUUAUUCUGAAUUGCUCCGUAUCAUAUCUGAUCCACCACAAGGAAGUGAAAAUCUUCUGACAUUGGUACUGCAAAUAUUGACACAAGACACGACGCCAUCUUCUGAUUUGAUAUCUACCGUUAAACGUUUGUAUGAAACUAAAUUUAAGGAUGUUACAAUUCUUGUUCCGUUACUGUCUUCGCUUUCCAAACAAGAGGUUUUACCAAUAUUCCCUCGGCUUGUUGAUCUUCCAUUGGAAAAGUUUCAAAGAGCACUUGCUCACAUACUACAGGGUUCGGCUCAUACGGGUCCAGCUUUAACACCUGUAGAAGUGUUGGUUGCAAUCCAUGGAAUUGUUCCAGAGAAGGAUGGCCUUGCACUUAAGAAGAUAACAGAUGCUUGCUCGGCUUGUUUUGAGCAACGCACAGUGUUCACACAACAGGUUCUGGCGAAGGCAUUGAACCAGAUGGUUGAUCAAACUCCACUGCCGCUACUUUUCAUGAGAACAGUUAUUCAGGCAAUUGAUGCUUUUCCUGCACUGGUUGACUUUGUUAUGGAGAUACUCUCAAAACUUGUGUCUAGACAGGUGUGGCGUAUGCCAAAACUUUGGGUUGGUUUCUUAAAGUGUGUAUAUCAGACACAGCCACGAUCUUUUCAUGUAUUAUUGCAGUUGCCACCUCAACAACUGGAAAGUGCACUCAACAGGCAUGCUAAUCUCAGAGGUCCCCUUGCUUCUUAUGCCAGCCAACCAACUGUAAAAUCAUCACUUAGUAGAUCAACUUUAGCAGUUCUGGGUCUUGCAAAUGAAACUCAUGUGCAGCAACAUUUGUCAUCUUCGUUACACUCUUCUGACACAAGUUCUUCACUUCACGAAGCAACUCUGACGUGAUAGUAAAGUUACUAACAGGAAUUUAGUGAAAAAUCAGACCAAUUGAAAAUUGUUGUCGAGGAGAUUGAUCGACUUCUAGGGUUUCUUGGCAUCCAAAGAGAUGAUACACAAACAAUUUUUGUGGUGACUUUGAUCCCAAAUGCCCCGCCUUUCUAGAGUCUGUGACCCUGCGAACAUAGGGGCAUGCAUCCAGUCGGAUCAAGUUUUCAGGAAAUCCAGUGCAUCCACCCCCAGCCUGCUUGUAGGAAUGUAUCAUAGUUUUCUUUCUUUUUUGUGGUUAUUUUUUUUUUCAUUGUAAUAUUAUUCAUUCAAUUUUGAUGUUAUAUUCCUGCCUUUUCUGGGGGAUGAACUAUGAACUAUCCUCGUGUAUGUGGUUGCAUAGUCCUCAUCUCCAGGCGAUAUGAUAAUGCUAAAAUGAAAUUAAGUCUCUGAAAGCCCUUCCUUAAUGUC